UAUUAAAAGAACCUCAUCUCCCUCCUAUAAAUUGGAGCGAGACAUUUUUAUUGGCGUAGUCGGUGCAGGAUACCCGCUGUGAGAGUGUUGUCCUUCCAGAUAUAGUUUGAAACUUUUUUUUUCUGUGUGCACCUCCUGCAGUUGCAAGGAGCGAUAUUUUUUGAAAACUUAGACGUGAGUCCUUCUCCAGGAAGACCGCUCCAUAUUCUGAAACUUUACCUUUUAUGUGUGUACCUCUCGGGGACGUAUUUUGGCCAUUUGCAUUUUGAUUAAUACCUGUGUGCCUCCUCGGGAAGAUUUCUCUGGUUAUUUGGUGACUGAAGUGCGAAACUUGAAGUGAUAUUUUGUGACUUAAACGUUUGUGCCUCUCCAAGAAGUUUUAUUUACUCUAUUGAAACCUAGAAAGUGUUGCUUUAGCGUCACAUUUUUUGUGCUCCCCCCAUAGAAAGGGAGGAGUGAUUGGAGCAUUUGCAUUUGUUUAGGUGUGGUGUAUCUCCCUGGGAGGAGCGGUAAGGAGUAACUGAGCUUUUGAACACGUGUACCUCCUCCUCCCUUAGUGUAGAUCUUUCAUUGUAUUAAGAAAUGAGUAACAGUAUUGCCAGUAUGAAAAGUGAAGAUGUGUUAUUUGACCUUUUAGAAAAGCAUGGUGCUCGUCCCUCUUUGUCAGGGGUGGACUGGGCACGCCAAAAUUGGCAUAAUUUGCAGAGUGUUUCGGACCGCAUUAGUGCCUUACAGAAUGAGGCUCGUACACGAGCUGGAAAAGGAAAGUCGUUUAUUUGUGCCGUACUCGGGGCUGCUUUAAAAGCUGCCGUGAAGUUCCGAAAUGAAAAGCAUUCGGCAGAACUCCAAACCAUAGAAGCACUACAGGAAUCGGUUAGAGUUACACAAGAAUUGGUAAAAGCUCUGCAGAAUCAAAUAGUUAAUCUCGAGGAACAAUUAGAAAGAGAGAAACAUAAUUCGGCCUUGUUGCAGAUGGGAAAGGAACUGUUAACACGUAAAGAUACUAAUAUUGUCACCCAUAGGUUGCCUCAAGAAAAAACUUUUCCUCAGGAGGAACUACAAGAAAUAAAGGAAAGACUAGACAAAUUAGAAACCCCAAUAGCCCCAUUGCGUCCCUUGAUAACAACAGAAUAUACCUUCGAUAACAGUGAGGAUCUAGAUCCUCAAAUGAAUGUUAAGGAAAUUCCGUUCUCGGCCACCGAACUAGCAAAACUCAAAAAGGACUUCAGCCGCUCUCCAGAGGAAUCAGAAACAGAAUAUGUAUGGAGGGUGAGUCUCACUGGUGGCGACCAGAUUCGGUUAACAGAAAAGGAAGCAGAAGGUUAUUGGGGACCAGGAGUAUUUUUAACUACUGGUAACAAUCGUGCUCCCUGGUCCUUAACGCAAAGGGCUGCCUAUUGGGCAGGUGGUCUCAACUCUUUAGAACGGGGAGACCCUCUUGCCAUUACUGGAACUACUGACCAAUUAGUAGAGAGCGUUCAAAAGGCUGCUUGUCUCCAACUGAUGUAUGAUAGAAAGCUGCAGCCGCAUCAUGAAUCGCCCAUGAUGAUGCCUGUUGAUCCUGAGAGAAUGACCCCUUUAAUUAGAGGGCUUCCGGAGUCACUGAAACCCAUAGGCGUACAAUUACAAGCAAGGAUACAAGCUAUGUCACAGGGAGAAAGAACCCGGGCAGUGUUAGAAGAAACUGUAACCCCCAACCAUCUGCAGUCAGGAUGCAAAGUAUGGACGUGGGGGGAGGUAGCCCAAGAGUUAAUUAACUAUGGAAGAAAAUAUGGGCCGGUGGUUUCUUUUCCCAGUAAAUCUGAGCCCAGAGGUGUAAGGCUUGCAGCAGCCAGUCUUGCCCCCAGGCCACCUUGCCCAAAGCUCAGUGGGUCUGGAAGGGUCUCAUUGCCAGUAAAAUCCGGUAGGCGGAAUAUCUUUCAUAAACAUAAUGGACUUUGGACUCUAGGCUGGAAAAAGGGUAUUCCACGAAAUUUGAUGGAUGGAUUGACAACAGAUAGGUUAGAGAAAUUAGUUAACUGGUGGCCAGAACAAAAGCUCGAGAAUCUUGAGGAAAGCAAAACCCCAGGUCCUAGGGCCUCUCUCAGGGAACCUGAACGGCUAUCCAAGCCAUUAGAAAACUGAUGUCUCCACCCCUCCCAAGUGAGCGCGGUGAGGGCGGUGAAGGGUGGAUGUGUUAGAAAGCUCACAACAAAGGGGAAACACUUAUCGCCUGGGUCAGCCUGUGUCGAUUGGUUCAGCUAACCUGAGGCUUGUUUCCCUAACCUUAACGGGAUACCUUAACAAAUAUCCUUGGAAGGUCAAGGACACCAUGAAAAAGGAAUAUAAAAUUAACACUUGCUGGAGUUCCCUCAUUUGUUAACCAUAUUAACAAAGCCCAAAAAAAAGGGCAAGACGGUGUCUCGUUUUAUUUUUUCAGAAUACUCCUAUGGACCUUGACUGAACACAGAAAGGACUCUAACGUUUUGUGACAGAAAUAUUGAAAAUGUGAUCAUGUUAGAAUACUGAAUAUACCUCUUGAUUACAUUUUGUGUUUUGGUUGCAAAAGUACUAUGUUGUGUGUUGUUGUGGGUAGUAAUGUUGUAUCUCGAUUUGUUGUAUUUAUUUGUUACUGGUUAUUGCCAAAUGUAUGGUUGCCUCUUUUCACUUUCUACUUUUCAUUCAUCAUGUAACAUUGGUGUCACCACUCCCGAGGUAUCACCGAGUGGUGUCUGUGGCAAAUUGAUAUUGUGUGUUGUUGCAACUCUUACGUUUGUACCGUGUAUGAUUCCAUGGUUUACUCCAUUUAUACAACGUGUUGUAUCUUCCAUGUGUUUUGUAACUACUUCAACUGAUGAUGGACAAGUCCAACAGAUCAGGGCAACAUUUGUAACCAAGCCCAAGAAAUCGUUUGUAGUAAUUGUGUAACGAUUGUCUUCCCCUUCUCCCCUUCCUCCUUCCCCCCCCCCUGCUUCUUUGCUGUCUUUUUGUUUUCUCCCUUUUCUUUUCCUCACCACCGUGGAGGGUCACUUGUGCUUUAUUUCAAGCAAUCUUUGAGCCACGGGGUGGUGUGAGAAUCCUUCUUUGUUUUUUUUUUUGGCUCAAAGCUUUCUUCCUGACGUUUUUCUUGUGAUAAGAC